CGGAAGCGGUGGGGUAACCGGGAUCCGACCGCUAGUGGGUCCAGGCCAUGGGGCAACCCUGGGCUGUGGGGGACGCGGAGGCAGUGUCCGCGCGGCUUCCUCUUGUGCUCACCGCGCUGUGGGCCGCGGCCGUGGGCCUGGAGCUGGCCUACGUGCUGGUACUGGGUCCCGGACCGCCCCCACUGGGACCCUUGGCCCGGACCUUGCAGCUUGCGCUGGCAACCUUCCAGCUGCUCAACCUACUGGGCAACGUGGGGCUCUUCCUGCGCUCGGACCCCAGCAUCCGGGGUGUGAUGCUGGCCGGCCGUGGUCUGGGCCAGGGCUGGGCUUACUGCUACCAGUGCCAAAGCCAGGUGCCACCGCGCAGCGGGCAUUGCUCUGCCUGCCGCAUCUGCAUCCUUCGCCGGGACCACCACUGCCGCCUGCUGGGCCGCUGCGUGGGCUUCCACAACUACCGGCCCUUCCUGUGUCUGCUGCUUCACGCCGCAGGUGUCCUGCUGCACAUCUCUGUGCUGCUGGGCCCUGCCCUGUCAGCCCUGCUGCGAGCCCAGACACCCCUCCACACCGCCGCCCUCCUCCUGCUGCCCUGGCUCAUGCUGCUCACAGGCAGAGUGUCUCUGGCGCAGUUCGCACUGGCCUUCGUGACCGACACGUGUGUGGCGGGUGCACUGUUGUGCGGGGCUGGACUGCUCUUCCAUGGGAUGUUGCUGCUGAGGGGCCAGACCACGUGGGAGUGGGCUCGGGGCCAGCACGCUUACGACCUGGGCCUCUCCCACAACCUGCAGGCGGCCCUGGGGCCCCGCUGGGUCCUUGUCUGGCUCUGGCCCUUCCUGGCCUCCCCGUUGCCGGGGGACGGCAUCACCUUCCAGACCACAGCUGAUGUGGGACUCAUGGCUUCCUGACUCCAGGAAGAGCCUGAGCUGUACGAGGAGUGGGGAACAGGAGAGGGGACUCAAAUAACUCAUUUCAGGCCCACCCCCAGCCUCAGAAGGGGAGGCAGGCUGGUACGCUGGUACUUGAUGCCUGCUUUCAGCAACUCGAGCCCCGCCCUUAGCCUUGCCCUUGCCCAGCUUGGACUCCUAGUGUCCAGGGCUUGGGCCCUGCGGCUCUGCCUCUAUCAGUGGCCCCUGAGUACAGCGAAGGGUCUGGCAGGGGGCUGCUCGGCCUGCCCAGCUGCCCCUUUGCCAGGUUAAUAAAGUGCCCACUUGGUUCUCAGACUCCCUCCAUCUCUGUGGGUUUCUGGACCUUCACUGUUUCCCGGGCUGCUGUUUUUGGUUCCUCUGAUUGUCAGGCCUGGGAACCACAGAAUGCCUGAGGGUGUGAGGAGCCAGGGCUCUGCCUUCUGCGGCCUUGGGGGGGCGGUGGCCAGCAGGUUAAGGCAGAAUGUAGUGAACCAGGGUAUGAGAGUCCAGAAUUCUUUCCCAGGUUCAGUGCUUUAUAGUUAGGAACAUUUCACAGCAACAAUUUCAAUGAACUUCUCUCCAGCUAACCCGGUGCACUGGGCAGCAAUUAUGUGGGUGAUAAAGCCCUGAGAGUUGAUGUGAUAAGAUCACGUGGUAGUAAAUGGAGGAGUCCGGAUUUGAACCCAGAUCUUUGUGCUUUCUCCUUCACCCUUGAACAGCCGAAAAAAUCAAGGCAGAGAAAUCAGGUGGGGAUGUUCAAGCAUCUGUGCUGGCUGGAUGGUGCUGAGACUGGUAAGCUCCUCCUCUCUGGACUCUUCAGGAGCUACUUGUUAAACACUUUUAUUUAAAUAUAGUAAAUAGACAUUUCCAGUUAAAUGUGGCAGGUUUAAACAUGUGAGUUUGUUUCCUCUUAAAAUCUAAAAUGAUAGUAAAGAAAUUAAAAAUGAUGUAAAUUUACAAAGACAAAGAAGAUAGGAGGGAGACAGCACUAGACCAAAGAGCCUGACAACAUUCUGAAAGAUGGAAAGUGGAUAGAGGCUAAUUUACUCUCUUAGAGAAUUAGAACUUGAAAUUAAGCGUUCCCCUCUUGGAGGGGCCAAGAGGCAGCCCGAUUGCCCCCAGGAGCCCUGGAGAUGUUCACCGUGGAAGGCAAGGUUUGGGGCUGACAGUAGGGACGGGACUGAUUCAAGGUCUCUAUGAGAAGCAGCUAGGUUGCCCCGCCCCCCAGGACCCACCUGACCCCUUGCUACCCCGCUGGGGUGGAGGCGGGGGCUUUUCGAAGAAGCUUUGCAUCUCGGGGGCCCUGGGGAGGGUGGGGGUGAGGGACUGGACCAAAAAUGGAGUUAAGUGAAAACCUACAAGUGCUGCUGGGGGAGGCGGGUAGUCCUUCAGUGACAUGGCAGGCUUGCCUUCCAAGAACCCUCAGAGAAGCCCACCCUUCUGACAGGCCCCGCCCAUGCCCACAAAGGUUUGAGCUGCUAAGACUUCUUUGUUUUUCUGAACAGCAUGCUCUGUUACUAGUUUUUAACUCUGUUAGGAACUUGGUGUACUUGUCACUUUGUGCUGUACAUAAGCAUUGGCAGACUUCUGUUUCCUCUACUGCUUUACCCCUCACCCUCCAGAAUAUCUUUUCUUGUUGGUUUUUUUUAUAGUGAAAAGAUACAAGGAAAUAUUUAUAAAAUAGAAACAACACCCUCCCCCCCCCCCAUUUAAGAAAUGGAUACUAUUUCCUUUGAGGUCCCUGCUGUGCCCCUCCCUGGUAGAGGAAACACUGUGCUGUCUUAACCAUCCCCUUGCUUUGCUCUGUGAUUUUAUUACAUAUGUUUGUACUGGUUUUGCAGGUUUUUGAAUUUUAUAUAAAUGGAGCCACACCCUGUUUAUUCUUCUGUGAUUUGCUUUUUCCUUCAAUAAUGUGUUUCUAAGAUUUAUCCAAAUUAAUGUGUGUGGCUGUAGAGCAUUCCUUUUCCUUGCUGUACAGUGAUCCAUUGAAUAUACCACAAUUUAUUUUUCUCUCUUGUCCCACUGAUCAUUUUAUCUACCCCUGUGUAUGAUCUCCUAAGAUCUAUACUUGGCCCUUGCUCUUCCAUAUAAAUUUUAGAAUCAGCUUGUCAAGUUCCACCAAUAAAAACCCCCCUUGAAAUUGUGAAUGGAACCUAACUGACUCUAUAUAGAUCAGUUUGGGGAAAAUCAACAUCCACAUGAAAUUGACUUUUCCAGUUCGUGAACAUGGUGUAUCUCUCCAUUUAAUGUUUUCAAUAAAGUUAUGUAUGUUUUCUCAUAAA